AUGCGGAGCACCAUAUCCUUCAACUUUAGAUGUUCAAAUCUCAUCAUUUCCUUCAUAUUAGUGUGCUUGUUAGGGUCUCCAUAUGUGGAGUUCGUCAAACUCAGCCAGGCCACUAAAGUUUCCAACAUUUCAUGUAUUGAUACAGAGAGGAAAGCACUUCUCACCUUCAGACAGAGUCUCACAGAUCAUUCAGGUAGACUUUCUUCUUGGGCAGGUGAAGAUUGCUGCCAAUGGAGUGGCAUUGGAUGCGACGAAGUUUCAGGACACCUCAUCAAGCUCGACCUCAGGAAUCCAUUUCCAUCCAGCAGUAAAACCAAAAGCUCGUGCUUGGGCGGUGAGAUAAACUCUUCUUUGCUUGCAUUGAAAUACUUGAAUUAUUUGGAUUUAAGCCUGAAUGAUUUUGAAGGAAUUCCAAUUCCCGAGUUCUUUGAUGGGAUCAAGAACUUGAGGUAUCUCAAUCUCUCGUUUGCAUCAUUUGCCGGAGAGAUUCCACCUCAUCUUGGCAAUCUGUCAAGCCUGAAUUAUCUUGAUCUCUACGCGAAUUCAUUGACGAAUCGGGGCAUGUGGGAAUUAACGUCUGCAAGCUUGCAGUGGCUCUCAACUCUCUCUUCUUUGAAGUAUCUGAACAUGGGAGUAGUGAAACUCAAUAAUGUUGGAGCAGAUUGGCUGCAGGCAGUUAAUAUGCUUCCUAACCUCGUGGAGUUGCACUUGCCUUCAUGUGAUCUUCAAAAACUUCCACUCUCGCUCCCAUUCGUGAACUUCACCUUGCUUUCGAUCCUUGAUUUGUCUGAUCAUUACUUCAACUCAUCAAUACCCGAUUGGUCGUUUAACCUUACAAGCCUUACAAAACUUGAUCUCAGCAGCAAUUCUCUUAGUGGCGGAAUUCCCAGUGAAUUUGUGCACUUGAUGUCUCUAGAAUACCUCGAUUUGUCUAGGAAUUGGUAUAUUGGAGGCCGAAUACCAAGCUUUUUGGGAAAUCUCUGCAGGUUAAAAUUUUUAGACCUUGCUGAAAACAAGUUCAGUGGUGAGAUUGUUGAAUUAUUUGGUGGAUUCUCAGCUUCACCUCCGUAG